GCGCAGCUGCGGUUUUGUCUUUCCUUGCCCGAGAGCAUCACCGGCGGGCCUGUUUUAUUGGCCCCUUUCGCCGCCUUCUCGUGCCUUUGUGCGUCAGUUGCGGAGUCCCACAUACGGAGCCCCUUCGCCACAGCCGCCGCCGCCAUGUCCUCGCCGUCGUCUGGGGAGCAGUACGAGGAAGAAGAGGACGGCGCAUACGAGAGCCAGGCCAAGCGGCUGAAGCCCAGCGCCGCGGCCGAGGAGGGCGAGAUCGAAUACGGGGCCGAGGAGGGCGAGAGUCGCAGGGAGAAGGCCGCCCCUCGCACCGGGGGGUUCUCCGGAGGGGAUGCUGGUGGCAGUCAUCACAAAGUUUCUGUUUCUCCUGUUGUCCAUGUCCGAGGACUCUGUGAAUCAGUUGUGGAGGCAGACCUCGUAGAGGCGCUUGAAAAAUUUGGAACCAUAUGUUAUGUGAUGAUGAUGCCAUUUAAGCGCCAAGCUUUGGUAGAAUUUGAGGAUAUUGAAAGUGCCAAAAAGUGUGUAACAUUUGCAGCAGAUGAGCCAGUAUAUAUAGCUGGGCAACAAGCAUUUUUUAAUUACUCUACAAGCAAAAGAAUUACUCGUCCAGAAAACACAGAUGACCCCUCUGGUGGGAACAAGGUUCUGCUCUUGUCAAUUCAGAAUCCUCUAUAUCCAAUUACAGUGGAUGUCUUGUAUACAGUGUGCAAUCCUGUUGGGAAAGUUCAGCGUAUUGUCAUAUUCAAGAGGAAUGGAAUACAAGCCAUGGUUGAGUUUGAAUCAGUUCUUUGUGCCCAGAAGGCAAAAGCAGCACUCAAUGGAGCGGAUAUAUAUGCAGGAUGCUGUACACUAAAGAUUGAAUAUGCAAGGCCACCUCGACUUAAUGUCAUUCGAAAUGACAAUGAUAGUUGGGACUAUACUAAACCAUAUCUGGGCAGACGAGAUGGAGGUAAAGGUCGCCAGAGGCAAGCUAUUUUGGGAGAACAUCCUUCAUCAUUUAGGCAUGAUGGCUAUGGCUCACAUGGUCCUUUGUUGCCAUUACCGAGCCGAUACCGAAUGGCAUCUCGGGAUACUCCAGAGCUGGUUGCUUACCCCCUUCCCCAAGCCUCCUCAUCUUACAUGCAUGGGGGGAACCCCUCCGGUUCUGUGGUCAUGGUUAGCGGAUUGCACCAGCAAAAGAUGAACUGCUCAAGAGUCUUCAACUUGUUCUGCUUGUAUGGAAAUAUUGAAAAGGUGAAGUUUAUGAAGACUAUUCCAGGCACAGCAUUAGUGGAAAUGGGUGAUGAAUACGCUGUUGAAAGAGCAGUCACACAUCUCAAUAAUGUCAAAUUGUUUGGGAAGAGGCUUAAUGUUUGUGUGUCCAAACAGCAUUCAGUUGUUCCUAGUCAGAUAUUCGAGCUGGAAGAUGGAACAAGCAGUUAUAAAGACUUUGCAAUGAGCAAGAAUAAUCGCUUUACCAGUGCUGGCCAAGCAUCCAAGAAUAUUAUCCAGCCACCCUCUUGUGUGUUGCAUUACUACAAUGUUCCAUUGUGUGUGACCGAAGAGACCUUUGUAAAGUUGUGUGAUGAUCAUGAAGUCCUGUCUUUUAUCAAAUACAAAGUAUUUGAUCCAAAACCUUCAGCCAAAACACUUUCCGGUCUGUUGGAGUGGGAAUGCAAGACAGAUGCAGUGAAAGCUCUUACAGUACUUAAUCACUACCAGAUAAGGGUUCCCAAUGGCUCUAACCCAUAUACCUUGAAGCUUUGCUUCUCCACUUCCUCCCAUUUGUAGAGCAGAGGACAACAUAUUAGGAGCUCCUUACAUCUUUAUUUACAAACUUGAAACAAUAUGUUGUUUGCAGGAUCUAAACUACUUGCUCAGUUUCCUUGUCUCAAUCUAACUUAAGUUCAUUUUGUUUUAUAAUAAAUGAAUGUGUUUAAACACCAAAUUUUUCUUUUGCCUCCAAAAAGUAAUGUCAGUAUAUUAUGUAGAGCUUAUUAACUUGUGAAACUGUUAUCUACAGGUGUUUGAAUUGCCUUGUGGGUAGCAUGUGUAAAGAAUUUGUAUGUAGUUCCAGACCUUAAACCACACUUUCCAUACAGCAUUAAAAUGUACACUUCCAUUUACAAUGAAUAUUUCCCACUUAGGUUUAAAUGACAAGUAGAAUUAUUAUAUUGGAAUAUUAGCUGUAAAGUUCCUAGUUAUUAUUCUUGAUUAAAGUGUAUGUGUUGCAACAACUCUAAAAUCAAAGUUGCAUUUAUAAAACUUUUUCAAAUUACACAGACUGAUUUGAGUUAUGUAAUGGUAUAUGAUUUUUAAAGAGAAACUUCACAGGAAAACAAUGAAUACCUUUUCUGCAGAAUGGAUUUAAAUUUAUUUUAAAUAGUGUCUUUUCAGAUAAUUUUUCACUCACAUUAGCAUGAUGUCCUUAUUGCUAACUCUAGCCUGGAAACUACUUGCAAAAAUAAUAAACUCUCAAGCCUGAA